AUGUGGCAGUUCCUGCAGUGGUGGCCCCAGGAGGGGACAGAGCUGGUUUCUCAUCCCUUCCCGGCAGAGCUGGAUGUGGCCCAACUCACCAUCAUGGGCCUCGCCACCAUCAUGACGCUGCUGUCGGUUGCGAUCUUCGUGGAAGAGGUUUUCUACCUCACCCGCAAGAUCCGCUGCCCCAUCAAGAUGAAGACCCUCUGCUGGAGCAGCUCAGCCCCUACGGUUGUGUCUGUGGUCAGCUGCUUCGGGCUGUGGAUCCCACGCUCGAUGGCUACCACAGCAUACUUUGCUGUCUGCUUCUACCUCCUGAUGCUGGUCAUGGUGGAGGGCUUUGGGGGGAAGGAGGCAGUGCUCAGCACCCUGAAGGGUGUGCCCAUGGUUAUCAGCACCGGGCCCUGUUGCUGCUGCUGCCCCUGCCUGCCCCAGAUCACCAUGAGCAGGAGAAAGCUUAAGCUGCUGAUGCUAGGGACUUUCCAGUACGCCUUCUGCAGGGCACUUGGUGUCUUCCUGGGGCUGGUCCUGGCCACUGAUGGGAACUACAACCCUGCUGACAUUUCAGCAGAGAGCGUGGCCCUUUGGAUCAACACUGUGGUGGGUGCCUCCACCCUCUUUGGGCUGUGGGCCCUGGGCAUCCUCUUCCGGCAGGCCCGGCUGCACCUGACCGAGCAGAACAUCAAGGCCAAGUUUGCCUGCUUCCAGAUCCUCCUCCUCCUGACGGCACUGCAGCCUGCCAUCUUCAGCAUCCUGGCCAACAGUGGUGGCAUUGCCUGCUCACCGCCCUUCUCCUCCAAGGCCAGGUCACAGCAGAUGAAUGCGCAGCUGCUGAUCCCGCAAACCUUCAUCUUGGCAGUUGUGACACGGAUAUACUACCGCAAACAGGAUGACAAGCCGGGCUACCAGCCUGUCAGCUUCGUACCCACAGGCACCAACACCAAGGCAUGA